AAAAAAAAACACAUAAAAAGCUGCUUCCUCUCUGAUUACUGGCAAACGACACAAACCAGUUUUGCAGCCAUUACCAUGUUGUAUGCAGGUGCCCAGGUAGUUUGGCCAUCAUUUUAUAAACUCUGGCAUGGUGACCUCAGGCACGUCUGCAGGGAAAUGGGCAACUGUGGCUGCUCGUGUAAAUGUUGCUGCUUGCUGUGCUCAAAAAAAGAAGAAAAGGAGUCCAUCAAGCGUCGUAGAGUCACAUCGCUCUAUGAUUAUCGCGGCCGCACCUUGAAGGACCUGAAGCUCAACAAAGGGGAUAUACUGGAAGUGAUUGAGGAAACCCAACACUGGCUGUAUGUAAAGAAACGCACAGUGAAGGGUGACAAGCAGAAAGGAGUUGUUGAGGAGCAGGGCUACGUACCCAAAGACUUUGUCAAACCUGUGGAUAGUUUGGAGGCAAAGCCAUGGUAUUUUGAAAACAUCAAAAACCGCAUUGAAGCGAAGAGAUGUCUACUGAGACCAGAUAACAGUGAGGGUGCAUUUCUUGUGUGGAGAAGUACACAGAAUAACUACUUCUACUUAUCAGUAAAGAAUGGAUUACAUGCAAGGCAUUACAAAAUUCAGGAGGGAGAAACUGGCAAGCAGUUUUACCUUGUAAGCCAGAAAACAUUCCAGACUCUGUGUGAGUUAGUGGAUUACUAUUCCAAGCAUGAGGAUGGACUCUGCACACAACUUAACAGCCCUUGUGUUAUGCUGGACCGGCCAUCCCUUCCCAGCCUGUCAUAUGAGGCAGAGUGGGAAGUGGACAGAAGCUCACUGACCAGAGUGGAGAAGCUUGGAAGCGGGGAAUUUGCAGAAGUGUGGCAUGGAGUGUGGAAUAACAAGAUAGAUGUAGCCAUUAAAGAGUUUCGAGUGAUUAGCCCAGAGAUCCAGACAGAGAUAAAGAUCAUGAAGGAAUUUCAGCAUGCGCGCCUACUGAAGCUCUAUGGAGUCUGCACUGUCAGCGAACCCUUCUGUAUUAUCACAGAGCUCAUGAAAAAUGGCAGUUUGAAAAAAUACCUCAUUAACCACAGAGAGAAGAAAGACAUUCCAUUUUCCCUCAUGAUUGACUUUGCAGUGCAGGUUACAGAAGGGAUGGCAUAUUUAGAGAGCAAGAGCAUAGUCCACAGAGACCUGAGAGCUGAUAAUAUCUUACUCACUGACAUGCAGUUCUGCAAGAUAGCAGAUUUUGGGCUAGCUCAGUUUAAUUUACCAGGAGACCGGGAAAGUUCCUCAGCAGUAAAAGUUCCUGUAAAAUGGAUGGCACCAGAAAUAUUUCAUGGAAAGGAAUACACAAGCAAGUGUGAUGUGUGGUCUUUCGGGAUCCUCUUGACUGAAAUCAUCACAUAUGGAAGUGACCCAUACCCAGAUCAAGACAAAAUGGCUUGCAUUAAGGCCGUUCAGAGAGGAUACAGGAUGGAGCAGCCUCAAGAAUGCCCCCCAGCAUUGUAUGACAUCAUGUUGAUCUGCUGGAGGACCAUUCCUGAGGAAAGACCUGGGUUUAUUGAGCUUCAGGAUAGGUUAUUGGCUCUUGUUUCUGAACCCAUCUCUGAGCUGGAGUAGGACUUUGCUAAGAUAUUUCAGAUUCUCUCUCUGAAGCCAACUGACCACUGCUCAGAAUGCCUAAUCUGAAGAACAUAAACCAACAAGUACUUUGUCUGGGAUUCUAGCUAAGCUCCCAUUUAAAAUGUUCAGUAAUAUCAUAAAGGGUGACAAAUACAAAUGCAAUGAUGCUUGUUGUAAUACCUGGUUACAUACCUAAGUUGUUAGGUAUGUUCCCAAGGAUUCUCUUGCUAACUGCCAAAAAGCCACAGUUAUUGCUAAACUUCAGUAACGUCAUUAGCUAAUGAGCAAGCUGAAUCAGGUGUGGGAGCAGGGAAACAUAAAACUGUACAGUACAGGUGAGGCAGCAGGACUGAAGUUGGGAAAUACAGCUUUAGACAGUUAAAUAAUACCUGUCCCAGAUUAGGACUGGUGCGAGUCAGCUUUAAUCCUUUCUCCCAGCUAAAGAGACUCCACUGCAAAGGCAAUGGGAUUAGCAUGACGCAAGUACUAUUUAAGUGGCUGGACUCAAAGGAAUUAUGCCAUGUGUUCCAAUGCACAUAAACCAAAACAUGCAUUAAAACUGCAAAUAAGCAAUACUAGUUCAUAGCUGAGAAAUCUAUACAUUACAGCAACAAAACGCUAAAUUGAUCUACAUCUAAUACCAGUUUGUAUAGGCAAAUACAUAUACAAAUACAGUGGCUGCUUUGGUCCGAUCAAAGUAAAUUUCCAAAGUUACUUGACUUUGAUAUUUUAUUAAAUAUACAAGAGAAUAAUAACAUUCCUACAAACAAUAGCCAAGUGCUUGAUGUUCCAUACAUUAGAGCGGUAGAGGGUAUGAAAUGCCGUACCCAACCAACCAGUUAGCAGCAUCGAAAAAUCUCACAGCUACAGCAAUCAAUAAAUAACACAGCAUGGCAGAUCUGGGUGAAGUAUCAAGGUGAAAAUGUUUUCUGUUGCUGCUGUCCUCAAAGUAAGUGGCUUCAAAUCCCUUCAGCAGCUUUCACUUCAACAGACUGUACAUUGUGCACCUUCAACAUCCUUCUAAUAGCAAAAAAAAGUCUAGGAUGGUAGUACAUUAGCAUUCAUGUACAUAAUUACAUAAUCCAGAGGUUCAAGUCAAGAAUAUUUUAAAUAUUUUCAACAUCCUUAGAUAAGAUUUUGGUCUGUGAAAUGAAACACUGUAAAAGGGCCUAUGGAAUGUAGUAUACACAGUAAAUCCUAUGUCCUUGGUUCUUUGAUAUAUGUAUGAUGUGUAAGGUAUUAAUCAGAUUUAUGUCUAAUUGUACCUGGAUUAAAAUGUGAGACAUAGUUAAAACAUUUCCUUUAAACUAAUUUCAAUAAAAGUGAAUAAUUUGUAA